AGAGCUGAGCCGGUUAUAUGCGUUGUUUAUUAUUUUGCGAGUUCAGGCAUUUUCAUUUUAAAUGAUUCUGGCUAUUUCUUACUAGUACAUUAGAUCCACAGUUAUUGAAAAGUAGAUUAGUGCCAUUGCCGCCAUGUAUCACUGUGGAAUGCGUCAAUUGGAAGAAAGGCAUGUGGCCAACCAAGUUGAUCUUAUGGUUUGGAGCAACAGACUUGAUUUGUUAGCGUUAAGUAACAUCAAAGGAGAAGUGCAAGUACAUAGACUUAUAAGUUGGCAAAAAGUGUGGACAUUAUCUCCACCUAAAGAAAAUGUUACUGUACAAGCUUUGGCUUGGAGGCCCGAUGGAAAGGCAUUAGCAGUUGGCUACAGUUCGGGCAGCAUCCACAUAGUGGACAUAGAAGACAAGGAAAUCCUCGACAAGUAUGAUUUGGAGCAGGAGCCUUCGGAAGAGUUUGAAGACUCAAAGCAUUAUGGAAUCACUUGCAUCACAUGGGCAGUCAGAGCUAGUACUCUGGAAAGUGCAACAGAGUAUAAUAUCUAUGAUGAUGCAUCAAUAUUUCUCCAAAAAACACCAUCCCUUAGCAGUGGUUAUAAAAAUCAGGCAUCUGAGGAUAAUGUUAAGGACAUCAAAGAAAUGCAGGAGCAGACCCAACUCAAUAUGCUGCUGGUUGGCUACGGCACUGGACACAUCUACAUGAGUGUAUUUGGCAGAUACCCAUAUGGAACUAUCCAUCUCACCCAAAUUGCAAAAGACGAAUUUGGAGAGUUCAAAGUAUUAGACAUAAAUCUUUCAGAAGAUUUUAGUAUGAUGCAAGUAUUUUACUUAGACAGAGCUACGAACAACCUGUAUGUAGCACUUAUCAACACAAGUGUGUUGUCGGCCUAUGCAGAGGAGAUAUUUGUUGUGGCAAAUAAACACAGCCAACUGACUCAGUUGAUGUCUCAUCUUGAUCAGACAAUGAUAUCUAUUACUGAAGCUUGGGAGCACAUUUUAUUGGAAAUGGAUACAAAAAUGGCGUACUAUGCGGCAUCUGUCCCGGAGGGCGGAGUGUCUGCGGAUCUACUAGAGCUACUUAUGUUAGGUGUUCCCUCCGAUCAGCUGGAGUUGUUUCUGCUGAAAGAAUUAACAGCAAAAGGUUUAAAAAAGUUAGGGAGCUCAGUUGAACUGAGUUAUUCUACAAUUCAGAAACUUGUCCUCAAGCAAUUGAACAUUGUUGGACAAAGCCUAACAUACUACCUGGCUGAACUUAGAGGCUUGGCAAGGAUACCAGAUCGAUAUAAGAUACUCGGCCUCGAGGAAGCCACUGUGACCGAAGCCAUCCGCGCGUGCUGCGCCUUCCUGAACAAGAGCCUAGAGCUACAGCAAGUGAUCGACAUCUCCAUGCGCCACUACAAGGCUUUCUUCCGGUGGCUCUUCGUCGUCAUCGCGAGAUUGCUAGAUGAACAAACGCCCAGCGAAAUCGUUAAAAUAACUCAGCAAGAACACACGCAUCUUGCAGAGUUUUUGUACAAUUUCGAUAAUGUUCAAGUGGAAGGGAGCGAAACUGUGUCCGAAAAGCCAGUGAAGUUCAAUUUGGAAAGGCUCGGGCAAUACCUUCAGGACCAAGAUUUAACUAUAUUAACUGAUAACGAUGAUAACCCCUGGCAUAAGUUUCUUGCAGAAAAUGCAUGCUUGAUGAAAGAUAACGAGACCAUUUUCUCUAUGUCUGAAUUUCGAAAGUUCUCCCUAGUGCAACAACAAACGUUUUUGAAAAAAGCCAUCAAUAAAGUGUUCGACGUCACCGAUAAAGAUACCGGAAAACACUUUUCAGUUCUGUACAAUCUGAAGUGUUAUGAAGAUAAAUCAAGUUCGUAUACUAAGAAUAAUCUACGGGUAUCUCAAAUGUUUGAUCCGGCUCAGCAAAGAUUUAUGAUGGCGUUUACAAACAACGCAAACGGAAGUGAUGGAAUUUGUUUCAUGUCGGUGGCUAUCAAGGAGAAAUCUUGCAACGCUUCAGCUAUCAAAUAUUACAUUACAUCCGGUUUGAUACGGGACUUAAACAAGGAACAGUUUGACGAGGAAAAUGUAGCCGUACUGGACUUGCAGUUUUACUCAGCAGAGUACUUGUCGAUGUUGAUACGGCACCCGUGCAGCAGUGAAAGUACGAUAUUUGUGCAGUUGCCACUAAAAAUAGCGUUGGAUAAUGCCAACGAAUUCAAUGUUAAAACGAAGUCCUGUAUAUUUAAUGAAAAAAUAUCUCGAAGAAACAUCACGUCUCUGUUAGAUCAGGGCAUUUACACCGUGCUGGAUAAAAUGGAUGGUUUUAGAAUAGCGGUGUCGGGCGGGCGCCGGGUGGCCGUGGUGGUGUCCGCGAGCCGCAGGAAGGUCAGAGUGUUCGAGAUGGAGGCCGACGCAGACGACGACGAUGACACUCUGGACUCGACGCAACACUCGCUCGAGGCAACUAACGACUCAUACAUACAGAAGUGAUCAAUGAUUUUAUUUAAUAACAUGUCACUGAUAUUUCUUUGUCCAGUCUAUUAAAUUGAAUUUUGAGGUCUUGUCACAGGGAUGAUAGUGUGAGAUCCCUCUUGACAUUAAUAUUCAGUGGCUCAGAACAGAAUACAAUUUAAAUUAGCAAUUUGGUUACCACAAGUUUGGGAACAAAUCAAAUUAUUUUAUUAAAUAUUUUGAUUUGUGUUUUUUAAGUAGUCACACUACUAUAUAUAAAUUAAAAACUGUAAUAGAUGUCUCAUAUAUUAAAGAAAAAAAAAAAAAACCACCAGCACCAGCACCAGUCUCUCUCGCUACAACGUAAAUCCGUAAGGAGUUCGUUUAGGAGGUGCAAGCGCACACUGCUUGCCCUUAGAGCUGGUCAAAGACGCCUAGUUUUACUAAGAUGGCAUAUAGUCGAGAAAUUCGGACGGGCACCGCCGUGGCGGGGUGGCCUAGAGGUUCAUGGCGUUAGCCGCGAUAGCUAAAGACGCCGGUUCGAAUCCGGCCUUCACCACUUCUUCUUCACUUUUUCUUUAAUAUACAGACAUCUAUUACAGUUUUUAAUUUGUUUACCAAUUAAAGAUACCUAUUCAUGGCCUAGGUGUCCGUAAUUUGUUGGCACACUGCAUUCUUCUAGGUUGGUUUUUCAAUAUUCAAUAUUCAUUCCAUGAUAUGAAAAAAAAAGUGCAUUCACCAAUCUAGUCAUAGCAUAAAUAAAAUAAUAAAGACUACUAUAUACUUA